AUGCCAACCACCUGUAAGUUUCGGCUUAGGAACGACACCAACAAGGUGUACUAUUGCGGCGAGAAGCUGGACGGAAGCGUUGAACUAACGUUCUCCGAAAUCAAAAAAGUGAACGGAAUCAAACUGAUCAUAGCAGGCGUCGCCCAUGUUAAAUGGAUACAGCACAGAGGGCCCAAUCGAUACAGCACUACGUUCAAGGGUAGUGAAGCUUGUCUUCACUCCGAAAUCGAUCUGCUGCGAGCGGAUGGCGACUCAAUGGACGUUCCGGCGGGAAAGCAUACCUACAGUUUCGAUUGUUUUCUGCCGGAAUCGCUGCCGGCAACGUUCGAAGGAAAGCAUGGACGAAUUCAGUACAUUAUUACGGUUAUCCUUCAACGUUCCUGGAAGGCGGACAAAAUUUUUACAAUCGAAUUCAUAGUGCUACGGAAUGUCGAUUUGUGUGCAGAACCACCGUCGAUUCGUGGUCCAGCUCGGGUCGAAAUCAGUAAAGCCUUUCGCUGCUGGCCUUGCCGAACCGGGCCUUUGACAGUUACUCUUCAAACGUCAGCAACUGGCUAUGUUCCUGGUCAGCGAAUUCCUCUGGUGCUGGAGAUUAACAAUGGUAGCAACUCCAAGAUCCAAUCGAUUCAUCUGAAGCUGGUAAUGGUAGUUUCCUAUACCAGUGACACGCCCAGAGUUAAACUGAAGGUCGAUAGGGAGGAUGUGGUACGAGUUGAGCUGGACCAGGCAGACGACAGCGACGAGGUUAAGUACGAAGAGAAUCUAAUAGUGCCGCAACUACCGGCAACCAGUGGCAGCGACAGUUGCUGCAAGAAAAUCAAAAUCGAGUACGAGCUGGAAGCCGAACUGGAAGUCGGUGCCGUACAUCAGGUGCUCAAACUAAACAUUCCCGUAGUAAUUGGUACCAUUCCGCUCAACAGCGAUCGACGGGAAUCCACCAUCAUGGAAUUGGAAACUUAG